AUGGCGGAUUCCAGGCGCUCUGUUCCUAAAACGCCAGUAGAAGUUCGAAUUGGUGAUUAUAUAAUUGGUGAAACGCUUGGCUCAGGAACUUUUGGCAAGGUGAAAGUUGGAAUUCACAAAUCAACUGGCGUUCAAGUUGCAGUCAAGAUAGUUAAUAGGGAUAAGAUCAAAGCUCUUGACGUUGCUGGUAAACUACGAAGGGAGAUUCAAAACUUAUGGCUAUUUCGCCAUCCCCAUAUCAUAAAGCUAUACCAGGUCAUCAGCACUCCCACCGAUAUAUUUAUGAUAAUGGAGUAUGUCAGUGGUGGGGAACUAUUUGAAUUCAUUGUUAAAUCGGGGAAAAUAAGUGAAAAGGAUGCUCGGAAAUUUUUCCAACAAAUCAUUUCCGGUGUGGAUUAUUGCCACCGUCAUAAGGUUGUUCAUCGUGAUCUUAAACCAGAAAAUCUCCUUCUGGAUUGCAAUCAUAACGUCAAAAUAGCAGAUUUUGGUCUGUCAAACAUUAUGCAAGAUGGCGAGUUCCUGCGUACCUCUUGCGGGUCGCCUAACUAUGCCGCCCCAGAGGUUAUUUCUGGGAAGUUAUAUGCCGGUCCUGAGGUAGACGUUUGGUCUUGUGGUGUGAUUCUUUACGCGCUCCUCUGUGGAACACUACCAUUUGACGAAGAACACAUCCCUACUCUUUUCAAAAAGAUUAAGGCCGGAUUCUUCCACAUGCCUGAAUGGCUUGGUGCAAGCGUAAUGCUAAUAAUUUUAUUCUACUGCUUAUGUGUACGUGAUCUCUUAAAAAAGAUGCUUACUGUGGAUCCGAUUAAACGCAUUAGCAUCGAUGACAUCCGAAAGCAUCCCUGGUUCGUAAUCGAUCUGCCACCGCAUCUGUUUCCUCAAGAACGCGACGAAGACGCCUCCAUCAUCGAUAAGGAGGCUGUCUAUGAAGUCUGUCAAGCCUGCAACGUGACUGAACGAGAGGUAUUUGCGGCUCUGAUUGCCAAUGAUCCCAGUGACCAACUUUGCGUCGCCUAUCAUCUGAUCAUUGACAACAAGCGAUUUGGAUCGGUGCUGCAGCCAGAAGAGGUGGAUAACUUCUACGUGGCCACGACAGAGAGUUCGGGCGCUGGCAACGCUGGUAGUAGUGGUAUCGGUGCCGGGGCCGUCAUCCCGGGGUCCAGUGGGCCUGGAGCCCAGAUGCACGCCCCCGGUACCGGUCUCUCCCCCAACCGACCGCAUCCUGAGCGAAUGCCUGAGGGUCCACCACUUACUAGGACUCUGGAUCCUGUCGACAGCGGUGUGGCAGGUUCCUCUGCAGCUGCUUCGGGUAUGGUGGGUACAGCAGGAGCGGGAACACUGAGUGGAUUAGUCACGGGCUCACCGAAUGUCGGCUCCGGCGUCGCCCCCUCCGUUUCCUCGACGGCUGCGUCGGCGCUGGCGGCGGGAGCGGCCGCGGCCGCGGGUGCGAAGCGUUUCAAGUGGCACCUGGGCAUUAGGUCGCAAUCGCGACCCUGGGACAUCAUGCAAGAGGUUUUCCGCGCUAUGAGCACCCUUGGCUAUGAAUGGAAGGUCAUUACACCCUUUAAUAUCCGUGUGCGCAAGUGGAAUCCUGUGCUCCAGCAUCAUUUCAAGAUAAUGCUUCAGCUCUAUCAGGCAAGCUUUUUCCAUGUGGAUGCGCGUUCCUACCUCCUUGACUUCAAGUGUAUUGACGACACAAAGAAUGAUUCCGAUUCUAUCCUCAACCGCCGCCGAUCGGGAAACGUUUCGAUGUGCUUUGACAGCAAUUGCCCUGGUUCGCCUAUGAACGCCGUGGGUUCCGGUGCCCCUCUUUCAGCUUCAGUGCCUCCGCUGGGAGGUUUUAGUGUUCCCAUGGAUAUCGGUGCCACUGCCACAGACACCAACAAUGGUACUGCUGCUCCCCACCUUCCUUCCUCCCCAGGUGCCUUUCGGCCUGGGGGAGGAGUGCGUCAUCAGACGAUGGAAUUCUUUGAACUCUGCACCGAACUGAUCACUACCCUUGCUCGAUGA